AUGGUUUCAGUAUCAACACUUUUGCAGGUGAUUACUCGCCAUUUUGAGGCCCCUCAACCAUCUUUCUUACAGAUGCAUGCUAACGCCAUCAUGCGUUUUGUAUGCAGUGUUCCGUUAAGUCUGCGGAGCCGCACGGAUAAGCUGAACAUGAUGCAGAUUGUGCUGCACUGCCCGCAUGCGACUACAUUGUUUGCGAAGGAUGCCCAGUUAAGCGCCCGAAUACUUUUGUCUUUUUUUGUUGAUCGCAUGGUGGAUGACGGGGAGCUUGAGGAGGUGCAACGGCAGAUUAUUCGAUCUGUUAGCGUCAAUCAGGACUUGCCUACUCCUCUUCUCUUGACAAUGGCACGAAAGCUAUCGCGUCAACGACGCGACUCAUCACAAAUGGAUUCUUCGCCGGCACUAGAGCAGGAAGACGCCCUUGUGGAAGAACUUCUCGAGCGCGUCGUUCGCCGGAUGCCAAGGUUUGGGCAGGGCAUACGUGAGGGUACCACUGAUGCAGUUCUGUCGCAGAAGGAAAUGCAUAAAAGAGAGAGUACUGGAUUCGAGAAACCAGAGCUACUGUUCCUCAUUUCUACGCUUCGCCAUACUACGGCGUCACGCUCGGCCCGCUGGAGGGAUAAUGGCAUGGAGACGAUCUCCACCCCGAUGCCACUCUCUGCACAUAUCGUGGAGCCUGUGGUGCAAUGUGUGCAAUCUUUCCCUACGUUUCGUAAAGAAGAUGCGUCACCACGGUCAGAUGACUGGGUUCUCAUGGCACAUCUUAUUGGUUGCUGUGACACGAGACUCCACGACUUAGGGGUGCAACUGUGGCGGCAGAAGGCAAGCCGCUAUGAGCCAAUCGGUAGGACACUUCACAAUGGGCUUAGUUUCUCGUUUGCGCUGGCGGGUUUUUUGUGCGCUUUGAAGGGUGCGGCAAAACGCGAUGCCCUGGAACUAUGGAUUGACAUUGUGACAACUCCUGAGGACUUGUCUGAAAUGUCGCAGAAAAUGCUGCGGCUGCUGCUUGUUGACGUAACACUCACGCUUCGUGGUGGUUGUGAGACUCAUUUCCAUGAGCAACUGAUUUUGGGAGGAAAUCGUAUUUUGGCUGCUUUGGAUGCAGCGUAUGCAUCCUCGUCACCAUCGGCGGUGGUUGCGUCGCGCAACAGUGCGUGGACACGCAUGUCGUUUGUUAGAUUCUUCCCACCUUUAGAAACCCCAAAGGAGCUUGAAAACACUUUACUACGACUGAGGGAGGCUUUUGCGGUGAAUGACGCGAUGGAUUCCGAAUUUAUCCGAGAAUCGGCGGAUUUUGUUCGGUUUCUGCAACGAAAGGACUUUGUCGACAAACACAUGUUGGCCGCAGUGUCACAACUGUUGGCUGAACGGCUUCUACACAUGUUGGAACGACCCUUGUCGGAUGAAGAGUGCGCAGUGGCGCUCAUUCCUGCCAUCGUUACUUUCACCGCACAGUUGCGUGACAUCCAGGCGAAGGAAUCAAAAGAAGAGGAAGAUGUCACGUUGAGGAAUUUAUUUCACGCGAUUGCCAUGAAGCUGCUUCACCACGAUUCACUAAAGGCCACGCCUUUUCUUAUUGCUGUGCUAUUGCAGAUGAUGGAACUGUUUGAUUUUACCUCAACUACUCAGCACACCACAAAGGUGCGUGAACUCACCCUUACCGCACUCCGAUCGGUGCCGAGCAAGUUGCAGGAAAUCAACUCACAUACAGCACAGCACUGCCUUGACCUGACACUUCGCGCUGUUCGUUUUCAUGUGGCGGACAGCGAGGUGUUAACAGCGGCGCUUGUGGCACUGCGGCAUACCACGGAUGGCGCCAUUAUGCAAGAGAUGAAUUGGGAACAACGGAGCUUGACAAUCGAGCGGGGCGCCGUUGUUUACCGCGAACUUUCACACUCUUUUGCCACUCUAAAGCAGGCGAGGCGGCUAGGGAAACAAAUAGUAACUAUGACAGCGUUGGUUGCCUCAGAAAAAGUUGCCCCACGUGGGCCACCGAUGCAGUCCAAUGGAACUUGUGGGUAUAAAGACUGGAAGUACUUGCGACGGAGCGCGCAGGUAAUGUGGUUGGUUGCGGUGCGAGCAGCUCUCUUACCGAUUCCGCGAACUCCUGUUGACCGCUACCUGGUGUCGAUGCUGCGGUUUGUAAAAAAGUAUUGGAUUGCUGAGAAGUUGACAAUGAAUGGGCAAAAAGACAAGAUGACAAAGGAUAUGGUCGUACAAGAGGUUGAUGAGAGAUUAAGUCGGGAUUUUUUGGAUGGCCUCCUACCGUUGCUUCAUCCGCUUAUGGCUUCAGCCUUCACAAACAAGAGAGUUUUUUUUGCAAAUUUGCGGCGCAACAAACUCAUCAUCUCCACUGCAUGUGGGGUCUUGCAAAGGAAUAAGGAUUUCUUGUCGCCCUGUGUGUGGUUCCAUGCACAGCGGACGUUGUCCAAUCUUCCUUCCGCCCUAACGGGCCAAGCCACGUCACUUGAACUUGGGACACUACAACUAGCUUUGAAGCACACUCUUCGAAAUGUUCGGGCGUGUAACAAUCGUGGGACGUGGCACUUGACGGAGCACAGAAAGACACUUCGACAAGAAACAGAAGAUGAGACUAUUUUGACCCCUAAAUGGAUCGGUGACAUGUUCUCCUGCGCGGAGCUUAUCGAUGACCCCGACUCACGGGCCUAUCUCAUCUCACUCAUCACAGAUUUUCUAGAGGCGACGGGCGGAGAGGCGGAGGAAAAUGGGGAUGGCGCACCAAUUUCGGAAGAAGAAGAAAAGACACAGUCAGUUUUUUUGCAAAAGAUAAUACAGGCGCUGCGGCGUGGUUCUGUGUUGUAUGACUGA